AUGGCGACCAACACACCCCUAUUCAGUGCGGUCUCCUCCUCUGCACGGCAAAUUCUUAUGCUGCUCCGAUGCAUCGCAUUUGCAAAGAAAGCGCACGUCCGGUUGUCAUCGGACGGCCUACGCUUCAGCACCGAGGAGGGCAGUGUCAUGGAAGCUUUCGUCUUCCUUGAUAAGGCUUUGUUCUCUUCCUAUUCGUUCAAUCCACCUGUCUCCACAACGGCUGAAGGCGAAAGCCUGGAACCUCCAGCUUUCGAGAUCAACUUAAACUCGCUCCUCGAGACGUUCUACAUAUUCAGUUUAUCCGAUCCGGCCGCAAAUAAACGUUCAGGCGAAUACGACGCGUUCGCAGCACACCGGCUGAAUCGACACGCGGGCGUCGGAUCAUUUGCCAACCAGCCAUUGGGCGUGAUGGGAGUAUGCACUCUCAGCUACGAUGGCGAAGGAAGUCCGUUGAGCAUUCACAUGUCAGAAGCCGGCGUCACAACAACUUGCGAGCUGACCACGUACGAUGCCGAGGUUUCCGAAGCGAUCCCAUUCGAUCGUGAGCACCUCGCACUGAAGACCAUCAUGCGGUCCAACUUUCUGCUGGAAGCCGUGAACGAGUUGAGCUUCAUGAGCCCAGCGGACAUAUCGAUCACCGCCUCCACCACGGCCCGCAGCGGUGCCCAUCUGUCGCUAAGCGGGACUGGGCAUCUCGGGUCUGCGACGGUCGACUUUGCAAAUGACGUACAGAUGGAGACGCCCAUACUCGAAACAUUUCAGUGUCCUGCACGCACAGCAGCCAGCUUCAAGUUUAGUCUGAUCAAGCACGCGCAGCGGGCCAUGGCAUCCGGGGCGAAAGUGUCUUUACGGCUAGACGAGGACGGCGUGUUGAGUCUACAGUUUCUUGUUGAGAUUGAAACCAAUGGCGCCGGCGACGGCGUGGCCUUUGUGGACUUUCGGAUCGUACCGCUGGUAGAUGGUGAAGGCGAUGGCGACGCAGGUGCUGAUGGUAGCUACAGCAGUGAGGGCACCAAUCAGUGA